AUGACUGUUGGCGUUGCUUCCAAGCUGCUCGAUGCGCCCUUCUCGCACGUCAUCAAUGGCAAGUCGGUUGACACCCAGGGCUUCAAGACGCUCGAUGUGAUCGACCCUGCCACGGAGAAAGCGAUUGCCCAGGUACCCAUUGCCACCAAGGAAACCGUGGACCAGGCGGUCGAUGCUGCCCACGCCGCUUUCCCCUCUUGGUCCAAGACCACGUGGGAUGAGCGUGCUAAGCUGCUCGAACAGUAUGGCGAGGAGUACAAGGCGAUGCUCCCGGAGCUCGUCAAGCUGCUCACAGCUGAGCAGGGCAAGUCGAUUCAAUUCGCACAGCAUGAAUGCGAGACGAUCCUGCCUUGGUUCACUGAGCUUGCAAAGGUGCGUCUCGACGAGAAGGUCGUUCACGAGAAUGACACACACAAGGCAAUCGAAAGAUACGUUCCGCUGGGUGUGUGCGCCGGUAUUGUCCCCUGGAACUUCCCUGUUCUCCUCAUGCUCUGGAAAGUGACUCAGGCCAUCGUCACCGGAAACUGCAUCAUCAUCAAGCCAUCACCUUUCACGCCUCUCUGCGACAUCCGCAUCAUCGAAGCGGCGCAAAAGGUCUUCCCUCCCGGCGUUGUCCAGAUCGUGGUGGGUGACGACAACCUCGGUCCCUGGAUCACUGAACACCCUCGUAUCCAGAAAAUCUCCUUCACCGGCAGUACCGCUACCGGCAAACUCGUGGCCAAGAGCUGCUCUGCCACCCUGAAGCGAUUUACGCUCGAGCUUGGAGGCAACGAUCCUCUUGUCGUUCUGCCGCAACAGAAAGAUCUUGCUGCUACAGCGCAGAAUGUGCUGUUGGCUGCGUUUUUCAACAGCGGUCAGGUCUGCAUUGCUGCAAAGCGUAUCUACAUCCACGAAGACAUCUACGACGAGUUCAAAGCCACGCUGGCGCAGGUAGUGCAGCACUUCAAGGUGGGUCCUGGUAAUGAGGAAGGUGUCAUGUUUGGUCCCAUCAACAACAAGAUGCAGUACAACAAAGUGGGCGAAUUCUUCGAGGAGGCCAAAAAGAACAACUUCAACCUUGUCGCUGGUGGCCAAGUGGAAGAGAAGCCGGGCUUCUUCUAUCCACUCACCAUUGUCGACAACCCUCCCGAGAACAGCCGACUCGUUCAGGAGGAGCCCUUCGGUCCGAUCGUUCCCCUGCUCAAGUGGAAGGACGAAGCCGAUUUGGUCAAGCGCAUCAACGACUCGCAAUGGGGUCUCGGGGCGUCUGUGUGGUCAUCUGAUAUCCAGGCUGCCGAGCGCAUCGGUCGACAAAUCGAGAGCGGCACCAUCUGGAUCAACUGUCUUGUCCAUCAUCACCCCGCUGUGCCCUUUGGCGGUUUCAAGAGCUCCGGUAUCGGCGCUGAGCACGGCAAGAACGGCUUGGGCGCAUACUGCCAGGUCCAAGCACUCUGGAUCCCCAAAGCCUGA